AUGUCUGAUCAUCGAACGAAAGAUUGGUUUCUCGUGGAUAAUCCUCUUCCACUUAUAGCAAUUCUUACAUGUUAUUUAAUAUUUUGUACAAAAGUCGGUCCUCAAUUUAUGAAAAAUCGAAAACCUUUCAAACUAACAAAUAUUCUUUUGGUUUAUAACGUUAUUCAAGUUGUUGUCAGCGUCAUUAUACUUUACGAGGGUUUGAUGGGAGGAUGGCUUUUUGACUACAACUAUAAAUGUCAGCCUGUAGAUUAUUCAGAAAACCCUACAGCAAGAAGAAUGGCAAAAGCUGUAUGGUAUUAUUAUAUGUGCAAGCUAAUUGAAUUAAGUGACACUGUAUUCUUCGUUUUGAGAAAAAAAGAUAAUCAAGUUUCAUUUCUUCAUUUGUAUCAUCAUACAAUGAUGCCUAUUUGUUCAUGGGUGGGAGUUAAAUGGCUUCCAGGUGGACAUGGAACGCUUUUAGGUAUAGUUCAAUUUGUUAUUAUUAUUAUUCAUUCUUCAUUAUUGUUUGUUUAUGAUUGCAAUUAUCCAAAAACCAUGAUUGCUCUCCUUGGUGUAAAUACAAUAUUUAUAAUGAUGUUAUUUAUGGCAUUCUACUGUUUAAGUACUCAAGUAGAAAAGUACUCACUACAUAUUAUUUAUUCAAAGUGA